AUGAAUCAAUUGGGUAGUUACGAAUUAAAUAAGGUCAAUGAUAGUACUUUUGUGGGCCAGAAACCUCUUCUAAGUAUCUUAGACCAAUUUCCAUUUGCUUAUGGUGGUAAUUUGGUAGCCCAAAGUUUAUAUGCUGCUUACAAGAAGGCUGAGGAUAUGUACCCCCAUUCAUUACAUCUUAGUUUCUGCAAGGCAAUUCCUUUAGACAACCCCCUUACUUAUAAUGUCAAGGUGAUAUCUAAAUCUAAUAGUUUCACUAAGGUCUUAGUAGAAGCUGUUGACGUUGAAGGUGGAAUAGUGGGAGUUACAGUGGUUUCAUUCACUACUAAGAACAAUCAAUAUGAAAGACAAUUGGAAUGGUCUAAGAAUCCUAAUUCUAAAAACGUCCCAUAUAAAUUUUCAUUAACUCCAUUACCAAUGUUUUAUCAAUACAAACCUGAAGAUAUCGAUAAGUUCGAUGUUGUUCAAUGUUAUAGAAAUCUAUUUAAAAUUGCAACUCCACCAGGUUUCAACAUCCCCAAUUUUGACAUCAAUAGUGCUGCAGGUGACCGUAGACAUGGCUAUUAUAUGAAAUUCAAUGACUUCAACAACGAAGAAAUCAACAGAUUGACUGCUAACGAUGAAAAGUUGAAGAAGAUUUAUAAAUAUGUUGAUUUAGGAUGUUUAUCAGAUUCUAAUGGACUUGCAUUAUUUUACCGUAAUUUGAACCUUGAAUUUUCCGCUAGCCAUUUAGCUACAAGAAUCAUCAGUCUAGAUCAAUCAGUAACAUUCCAUGAUGACGAUUUCGAUUUACAACAAUGGUUCUAUUGUGAUGCUAAUUUGAGAGUGUAUAAUAAUGGUAGAUGUUUCAUUGUCACAACAGCUUUCAACUUGAAAGGAACUCCUUUUAUGACAAUUACACAAGAAGCGUCAGUGAGAAUGAAUUUGAAAGUGGCUGAAGUUGCCAAUGGUGGUAGUUAUAAAUUAUAG